AUGCAGACCCUCAAAUGUGUUGUGGUGGGGGACGGAGCGGUCGGUAAGACCUGUCUGCUCAUUUCCUAUACCACCAACAAGUUUCCCAGCGAAUAUGUGCCAACGGUGUUCGAUAAUUAUGCGGUAAGUUUGUUUUGUUUCUUUGUUUCGGCUUUUAGGUGAUGAAGAGAAAGGAAUUAACCUUCACUUGUUUUAGGUGACGGUAAUGAUUGGAGGGGAGCCAUAUACUCUUGGGCUGUUUGAUACGGCUGGACAGGAAGAUUACGACCGCCUUCGACCUCUUUCAUAUCCACAGACAGACGUAUUCCUCGUCUGUUUUUCGGUGGUAGCACCCGCAUCGUUUGAGAAUGUCAAAGAGAAGGUCAGUAGUUUUCUUUGGCUGUUUUCUCGUUUUUAGAGCAUAAAUGUAACACGAAAUAUGGUUAAUUUGUCAACUACUCUUUUCUUGAUGAUUACUUAUCUAUUUUUCUUCGUUUUAAUUAGAUUUUUUAGUGGGUACCCGAAAUUGCACAUCACUGCGCGAAGACGCCCUUCCUUCUAGUUGGGACACAAGUGGAUUUACGGGACGAUAUCUCCAUCAUGGAGAAACUGGCCAAGAACAAACAACGACCGAUCACAACAGAGAUGGGAGAGAAGUUGGCGAAGGAAUUGAAGGCCGUGAAAUAUGUUGAGUGCUCGGCUUUAACACAGGUAAAAUACAGUAACCCGCGACCUUCUUGUCUUUCGAAUAAGAUUCUCCGAUUUGAUAUCAUGCAUGACGAUUUCAGAAAGGUCUCAAAAAUGUAUUCGACGAAGCCAUCCUGGCCGCAUUGGAGCCGCCACCACCGGAGAAGAAACGUCGCUGUAACCUGUUAUAG